AAUAAAUAAUAAUAAAUAAAAAAUUUGAAAAACAUUUGUUUUAGUGAUCAAUGAUUGCUAUUAUAAGACAACAAUAAGCUAUUUAUUUGUGCACUUAAUUAAAUCCCUGUCCUCGACAUAACUGUCCAAUUCAGUGUGUCUGAACAGCAAUGAACUUUAUCGGCGGUAUCUUAUCGGGCGGUGAUCUGUUAAAAUUGAACCAAUUGGUCACUUUCGGCAAACGAUUGAUCUGCAAAAGUCCCGGUCAGUCGCAGAAGAAACACAAGGGACGGCUAAAGAACAUAACAUUGAUUAGUAUUCCCGGCGAUCGGGUUGAGGAGCGGACAAUACUUGGCAAACAAAAACGUCUGAAAUAUCAUCCGGGAUAUAAUGUUUCACUGAAUCCAGUUGACAAAAGUCUUUAUGCACUGGUCUCGGGAACUGUCUAUUACUCGAUUGAAAAGUUUUACCCGAACCCGAAAAGUCAUUGGGUGGACAAGUAUUACAAUAGUGAUAACAAUGAUAUACCUAUCUAUAAGAAGUAUAUACAUGUUGUCAAAGAUCGGGAACCGAUUGAAUUCAAAAUGAUUGAUAUCAUCUGAAAGU